AUGGAUUUUGAUCCUUUAUCUCUUUAUACGCCUUCACCUUCUCAAAAUGAAGAAGUGGUAAUACCAAAAUGCCAAGAUAUUUAUGAGUCUAAGGAGAGCAGAAAUCUUUCUGAAACUGCAGAAGACGAUUCUCAUCUCGAACCAAUUCACAUAUUAGAUUUGCCAUUAUUGCAAUUGAAACCACCAUAUGAAGUGCUAAUCUCGAUUUUAAAAUUACUUUCCCCAGAAGAAACUUUGAAUUUUGGUGGAUCUCUAGAACAUUCCAACAAUAUAGCAGUAAAUCAGGAGACCAUUUUCCAGGAAAAGGAUAUUACUGAAUUAGAUAUCAAGGCAAUGACUUGGCUACAACUUUACUGUCCUCGAUUCGAUACUAUUGAGAAAUUAGCUCAUCUUCCUAGUUUAUCAUCAUCAUUGAAAUUGAGCUUCGCCGCUGAAUAUAAUGCGUACAUGACAAAUUUAAUAUCGAACCCCUUAUCAUGGAUAACAAAUCAAAAACAUAUUGAUACCCUUCAAAAACUUGCGUGUUUGCGUUUAAGUGAGAAUUGCGGCCGUACUGCACAACCGGAAAUUAUCAGAAGAAUUGUCUUGCCAAAUCUUGAUCAAUGGAUGAAGACCAAAACUGGUCAUUUAAAAUUACGUGAGCCUUCGCUAACCAAUGACAACCUAGGAUUGAAAACUUGGGGAUCGGCAUUGAUUUUGAGUCAACGAUUAUUAACCCAUGAUUAUAAGAAAUACUUGUAUAAAAGCGUAUUAGAACUAGGAUCUGGUACUGGACUAGUGGGGAUGGUUAGUUCAUUAUUAGGGUAUCACACAGUCUUAACUGAUUUACCAGAAAUCGUGCCUAAUUUACAACUGAAUGUUGAUUUAAACAAGUUAAUCAAUGCAACAGUACUGGAAUUAGAUUGGACAAACCCUCAGUCAUUUCUCAAGUCAUUUCCGGAUACCAAAUUUCAAACAAUACUAGUUAGUGAUCCUGUUUAUUCUUCCAAGCAUCCUUAUUUGGUAGUAGACAUGAUAAAUUUAUUUUUCGACGAUUCUGACCCUAAAGCCAAAGUUUUAGUACAAAUACCCUUACGACCUAAAUUUGAAAAUGAACGUCAAGUGCUAUGGGAUUUAAUGAAGGCCAAUUUGUAUCUUGAAAUCGAGCACGAAAUAGAGGAAGGUUUUGAUGAUUUUGGAGAAAUGAAAUUUUGUUUCAAGGUUUUCAAAAAAAAAAAGUGA